ACAACAAGCGGUCUGAAGAGCGACGGAUGGAGGCCCGGCGUGUCGACAACAGGCGUUCUCAGGAGCGACGGAUGGAGACCCGGCGUGUCGACACCAAGCGGUCUGAAGAGCGACGGAUGGAAGCUCGACGUGUCGACAACAGGCGGUCUAAAGAGCGACGGACGGAGGCCCGGCGUGUCGACGACAGGCGGUCUGAAGAGCGACGGAUGGAGGCCCGGCGUGUCGACAACAGGCGGUCUGAAGAGCGACGGAUGGAGGCUCGGCGCGUCGACAACAGGCGGUCUGAAGGGCGACGGCCGGAGGCCCGGCGUGUCGACAACAGGCGGUCUGAAGAGCGGCGGAUGGAGGCCCGGCGUGUCGACAACAGACGGUCUGAAGAGCGACGGCCGGAGGCCCGGCGUGUCGACAACAGGCGGUCUGAAGAGCGGCGGAUGGAGGCCCAGCGUGUCGACAACAGACGGUCUGAAGAGCGACGGAUGGAGGCCCGGCGUGUCGACAACAGGCGUUCUCAGGAGCGACGGAUGGAGGCCCGGCGUGUCGACAACAGGCGGUCUGAAGAGCGACGGAUGGAGGCUCAACGUGUCGACAACAGGCGGUCUAAAGAGCGACGGACGGAGGCCCGGCGUGUCGACGACAGGCGGUCUGAAGAGCGACGGAUGGAGGCCCGGCGUGCCGACAACAGGCGGUCUGAAGAGCGACGGAUGGAGGCCCGGCGUGUCGAGAACAGGCGGUCUGAAGAACGACGGAUGGAGGCCCGGCGUGUCGACAACAGGCGGUCUGAAGAGCGACGGAUGGAGGCUCGACGUGUCGACAACAGGCGGUCUGAAGGGCGACGGCCGGAGGCCCAGCCUGUCUACAGCAAGCUGUCUGAGGAGCGACAGAUGGAGACAUGGCGGGCUGAUAGCAGGCUGUCUGAAGAGCGACGGCUGGAAGCCCGGCGAGUGGGGAACAGACGUCUUGAGGAGAGGCGAUUGGAGACCCGGCGUGUUGACAACGGGCGGUCUCAGGGGCGACAGCUGGAGGCCCGGCGUGUUGGCGACAGGCGGUCUGAGGAGCGAAGGCUGGAGGCCCGGCGAACCGAAAACAGGAGGUCUCAAGAGCGACGGGUGGAGGCCCGGCGAACUGACAACAGGAGGUCUGAAGAACGACGAGUGGAGGCCCGGCGUGUCAACAAUAGGCGGUCUGAGGAGCGACGUUUCGAGGCCCGGCGUGUUGACAACAGGCGGUCCGAGGAGCGACAGAUGGAGGCCCGGCGAGCUGACAACAGGAGGUUUGAAGAGCGACGUCUCGAGGCCCGGCGUGUUGGCAACAGGCGGCCUGAGGGGCGACAGAUGGAGGCCCGGGAUGUUGACAACAGGAGGUCUGAAGAGCGACGUCUCGAGGCGCAGCGUGUUGACAACAGGCGGUCUGAAGGGCGACAGAUGGAGGCCCGGCGUGUUGACAACAGAAGGUCUGAGGAGCGACGUCUCGAGGCCCGACGUGUUGGCAACAGGCGGUCUGAAGAGCGACGGCUGGAGGCCCGGCGUGUUGACAACAGGCGGUCUGAAGGGCGACAGAUGGAGGCCCGGCGUGUUGACAACAGAAGGUCUGAGGAGCGACGUCUCGAGGCCCGACGUGUUGGCAACAGGCGGUCUGAAGAGCGACGGCUGGAGGCCCGGCGUGUUGACAACAGGCGGUCUGAGGAGCGACAGAUGGAGGCCCGGCGUGUGAACAAUAGGCGGUCUGAGGAGCGGCGUCUCGAGGCCCGGCGAGCUGACAACAGGAGGUCUGAAGAGCGACAGAUGGAGGCCCGGCGAGCUGAAAACAGGGGGUCUGAAGAGCGACGUCUCGAUGCCCGGCGUGUUGGCAAUAGACGGUCUGAAGAGCGACAGACGGACGCUCGACGUGUCGACAACCGCCAGUCUAAGGAGCGACGGCUGGAGGCCCGGCGAGGUGACAACAGGCGUUCUGAACUGCGACGAGUGGAAGCCAGACAAGCCAGCAACAGGCGUUCCACGGAGCAUCGAUGGGAGGACUGGCAGCAAGGCAGCAGUGAACACCGUCUAGAACUGAAAGGCCUAAAAACCGACAACCUUGUUAACAUGGAGACAACGCUCCCGAGGCAUGCUGCUGAUGCCGAGCUCUUUGCUCCCUUUUCUUUGAAUGCCGAAGAGACCACGAAAUCGAUUCGCGUCAAGAAGCCGUCUCUGAAACCGAAGUACAGCAACGUUCCGUUUUAUUCAAAACCGAUGGGCGGUGCGUCCCUGGGCACCUCUUUCUGGACCGGAGUUGUCGGCCUGGCGCUCUGGACACUGCGUCCGCAGACCAAGGUCCUCUAGAUCGACCCGUACCUCGCAUUGUUAUUCGUCACUUGGUUACGGUGCUCUCAGGCUGCCCUUUAGACCGCUUCGAGAGCGCUGUUGUUAAUAAGUUGCGCAUCGUUAUGAAAUUUAGCUGUGAAAUAUAUU